AUGCUGUCACCGAAGAAAGUUAAACUGGACAAGCCGAUAGCGGCGGCACACAAACGUAUCUUUGCCUUUCUUCUUCGCGUCAAUGAGGAGCGCGGCAUUCGUGCAACACUUCGGGUUGCUGGUGGGUGGGUAAGGGAUGUCCUGCUAGGUUUCCACUCGCAGGACAUUGACAUCGCCAUUGAGUCUUCCGGUUUGGGGCAUGUUUCCGGAGAACUUUUUGCGCGUGAGGUCGCGGUGUAUCAGCAGGCGGUAGGCAUGGCUGCACGCACGGUGAGCGUUAUCCGAGUCAAUCCGGAGUUGUCUAAGCAUAUUGAAACCGCAACGGUGUGUGUAUAUGACAUUCCCAUUGAGUUCUGUGCAUUGCGUCAUGAUGAAUACACGAGGCCAGAUUCACGUAUUCCAGAGGUCCGGCCUGCCACCCCACUUGAGGACGCGUUGCGGCGUGACUUUACCAUCAAUGCACUCUUCUAUAACCUACACACGAUGGAGGUGGAAGACUACACAACGGGUCUAGAGGAUCUACAGCAUCGUGUGCUGCGCUGCCCGCUGGACCCGUCAGAGACCUUUAGCGAUGAUCCAUUACGUUUAUUACGCGGAAUUCGUUUUGUGGGUCAAUUAGGCGAACUUAAUUUUACACUUGAUGAUUCAGUUGUGCGUUGUGUGAACAAGGGGCUCCUUGAGAAGGUCACAGCGAAGGUAUCACGGGAGCGUAUUGGGAAGGAGCUGGUGAAGAUGUUCUCAGGCCCAUCACCUGAAAGGUGUGUGGAUCUUCUUUUAAAAAUGGGCAUUCUCCAGCACGUUUUGCUGGCAGAGCUUUACAUGAAGAGAAGCAAGAAGGGCAAAGUUACAGCUGAAGUGGAGAGAAUAGAAUAUUUGAUCUCCGGUGAUACUGCGGCAGGAAAACUUGAGAGCCUCGUGGCGCUGAACCGGACACUGACGCCUCUAUUUUCGAGAAGCGACUCUCCAUUGCUGUUACUUUCACCAUCCGAUAAAUUGGUGGCCGUGCUCUUUCUUUUAUGCUUGCCACUCUACUACAGCACACCUCGUGAGCAGCUGACGGAGCGCCUCUACGUGUUGUGUGUGAAUGGGCUCAAGUUGUCACUCGCCUGCUACAAUACCUUACGGCGCAUGAUUGAGUGCCACAAAACUCUUCUCCAACAUCGACUGGACAUGCGCGGCAUCACCAGUGAAGGGGUGACACAUUCGACAAAACUCGCUCUGUUUGAGGGGUUGAGUGAUCUGAAUGACAAGCGAAUGAUUUUGUCAGCGUUCAAAAUUGUUCUUUCCUCCUACUUGCUCCUUGAACAUCGAAGUGAGCUUUUGGGUUCCAGCGAUGUCGGUGCAGUGGCCGAUAUCAUUAGCGAUAUGUGGUCCGCAUUGGAGCGGGAGGCGGGACUGCUGGAUGCCAUGACGCGUCCGCUGCCACUGAAGGGCGGCGAGCUCUCAAAACUCAUCCCGCUUGAUCCCCCACAAAUUGGACACGCACUGGUAACACUCCGAAGGUACGCGAUGCUUCAUCCGCAGGCAUCGCGGGAUGAAAUGAUCGCGUGGCUAAGGGAGAAGAGAACUGCAUUGUAA